GGGGAAACAGAGGGAUGGAAUGCACAUGGCUGGAAGGAGCAUGGUGACUUUGACCAGACCAGUUACAUUCCGGAAAGUACCUUAAAUUACGAGGAAUUGUUUGAGUGGAGGAAGACACAGAAAAGGAGGUACUCGUGUGACAGGAACACAUGCUGGUGCAAACCGCCCUACUUUGACUUCAGCACAAACGCUUCACAGUGAUCUCCUCAGCUCAUUUUGAGAGAUUGUCCUCUGAAUGCAGUGGCAUCCAUGAAAUGAAUGGCAAGUUGAUCAUUGACUGAUUUAAAUUGUUGAUGCUCAUUUUUGCCAGUGCCCAGAGAUAACAAAGAACACUGGUGUUAAAUCCACCCCAACUUGAAAUAAUGUUUCAAAACAUAGCUUGAGCUGGUUAGACCAUGUUGAGUAUGGUCAACCAGCUACCAGCUGUUUCAAAAUCUGGCUUGAGCUGUUUUUUUCAUCAGGGAAGAGAAGCACUGGUGAAGUGAACACCAUUAUCUACCAAAAGGCAACAUUCUGUCCUGGAAAAAAGGUUUGCCUGGACAGGAAGAUUAUCUAUCUCUCUCUCUCUCAAUUGCCACAGCCCCCCAUUUCAGAAUGAACCAAUCAGGGAAUCAAUCCCUCUUUUUCUGUAAUGUCAGCCCGAGUGCAGAGCCUGACCUGUACGUUGGUGUCACCAAGAGUGAGCCAUACCACAUUGCCAUUCCCAUGACUGCCUUCUAUGGCCUGCUCUUCAUCUUUGGGGUGGCCUCCAACGGCAUUAGUGUCUUGACGCUGCUGAUUAAUGCCCGUAUGAAGGCCAGCACCAUCCGGCCCUACCUGCUUAGCCUAGUGCUGUCUGACAUCCUGCAGCUGCUCACCGUACCGGUUACCCUUUACCGCUACUACUGGGAGAGCUACCCCUGGCGCCUGGGGGGGCCCCUCUGUAAGGUCUACUUCAUGAUCCGCCAGAUGUACUGUGCCACCACCAGCUGGACCAUCCUGGCCUUCACGGCUGAGCGCUACAUGGCUAUCUGUCACACCAUGUGGUCCGUGUCCAGUCUGCAGAGGGUUAGCCUGUCACGCCUGCUGUCUGCCAUCUGGUGCUUGUCCCUGGCCUCCUCCGUGCCCUUUGCCCUGGUAUACGGCAAGGCCCGGGCCUGCAUCCUAGACUACACCGCCACCUCGCCGGAGCAGGCUUUCCGGGUCUCCACCAUGUGUGAAGUGAUGGAAAUGGAGCCCUACACGGUCUACAGGACGGUGCUGCUGAUGAGGGCCGUGCUCUGCUUCCUGGUGCCUCUGGUGGCCAUAAUGACCCUUUCCCUCCUCAUCAUCUGCCACCUGCUGAGGAACGGCCGGAAGAGGAAGGCCAUGGGGCUCACCAGGAGGGUGGCAGCUCACCAUGGCCGGCCCUCCCCCCAUCCCGAGAACGGGAAGCUGCGCAUCUAUGAGCGGCGGGCCCUGCGACUCAUGGGUGCAGUGGUUUUGGCCUUCUUUGUUUGCAACUUCCCUGACAUGGCCUCUUCGCUCAUGCAGGUGUAUGUCGAAGUGUGGUCAGACACGGUCCUCAAGGUUUACACGGUGCUCAAGUCUUACCUCUCCCUGCCACUCUGGUACGUCAACAGUGCCCUGGACCCCAUCCUCUUCUGUAUUUCCUCCGACACUUUCCGUGGGGCCUGCUGGAAGACCUUUGGCUCCCUGCACUUACGCUGGCCAGGGCCCUUCUGGAGGAGCUGGGGGCAGGCAGUCCGAGGGAAGCAGAGCCGGACCUCCUCCAGGACCACGAGCGUGUCUGGUCGUGAGACUGCUGAACAUCCUGGUCCACCGUCAUGCCACGGCGAACCCCAGCUGCUGUCCCUGCGCAGCCUGACCCUGGAGGUGUCAGUGUCAACCCCACACAUCUGCAGUGGGUCCCACCCUGAUCUGCAGCCAUGACCAUAUGUACCCCUCAUGAAUGCCAUAUGUGGCAGUGCAUCUGCUGUAUUUACAACUGUAUUUCCCUGUGGCUGAAUUUGAAAUGGGAUUUGUCCAGUGUUUUGACUGUGGCUCUAUUGUGUUUCUAAGUACACCAGGCACCACCAUAAUAAUCUGUAUCCACUCAAAAUCUGAAAAUCCUUUCAGUGAGAAACAAAUCUUCCACUUCCACUGUGUUUGAGCUUCUGUAACUUUGUUUUAGUACUACUUAAAGUGAUUCUGGAAUCCUGAAACACAAAGGGUUACCUUUCAGAAGACACAGGAUUAUGCCUGUAGUCAAAAGGGUUCAAGAAUAGUAACCAUUUUAUUUUGGGUAUGUAAUUUUCAAUCUUGUGUUAAGAAAAGGGGU